AUGAAAACUAUCGAUAUAUAUUUAUAACGCAAGGAUAAAUUGAAUGUUGUUUCUGAUUCUGAUGAAUGGCAAGAAUAAUACAUUUUUUUUAAAGACAAAUAAGACAGUUAGAUAUUCUAUAUAGAUAGAUUAUGUGUAAUUUAUUUCUAAAAUAACGUAUCUCCAAAAAAAGAGAAUUACUAUUGCAAUUGCAAGGAAGAGGAAACGGAGCUGAUCGGUUGGUAGAUAAAUUGAUAAAUAUCUUCUAGUGUAAUUCUCAAAUUGUAGAAAUAGAAUAAUUGA